AAGGCUGGCGGAAGUGGUGUGUUUUGGUAUGGCUUUAUAUUUUUGUGCGUAAAUGUAUAGUUUUGUUUUGUUUUGUUGUUCAGAGCCUGAAGAGGGAGGUGAUGGGGGGAUUAAUGAAAGUGCCUGAGCGAGAGAUGAUGGGCGACAUUUUGCUGCACGAGAGCACCGAGCCGUCGCUUCCGGUGCACGUAAAUAUCGGAAAGUUGCUGAGGACGGAGGAUGGACAGUACAUGGACAUGGAGGAUAGAGACGAUGCUACAAAGAAGAGACAGAUAGCCAACGCCAAAGAGCGGCUCCGGGUGCGUAGUCUGAACAGCAUGUUCUCUUACCUGAGGCGGAUCGUACCGGUGAUGCCACGAGACCGCAAACCCAGUAAAGUGGACAUGCUGAAGGCCGCCACCGAGUACAUCCGACUGUUGACCUCCGUCCUCAGCGACACCUCAGCACAUAGUGAUGAAGCUUCGAGCGAGCUGUUGGAGAGCAUGAGCUACAGCUAUUCACCCUCUGAUGAUCGGUGUGCUGAUUUGUGGAAUGUGGAUGAGGUGCUCGACUCUCUGACCAGCCAGUCUUUAUCAGUCACCUCUCCAUCAGCCGCUGUUGCAGCAGAAGCGGAUGAGAUGGACAUGAGCAACAUGGCGGUGCAGUGCACAGUCCCUGUCUACAUCAUACAGGUCGGCUCUGACCACACACUGGUCUGUCAGACGAGAUGAGGAGGACGCCGCCUCGUCUUCCACAGAUCAUUACACUGAAGAAUGAAUAUAAUCUUGGAUAAAGAGGGAUUGUGUAAUUAUUAGUUUAUUUUUAUUUAAAAAAGCAAAUUGAUUUCACAUCUGAAACUGGCAAGUUUUUUUGUUGUAAUUGUUAUAUUGUAAUUUUCUCUGUUUAAGUAUAUUUUGAAAGUGUGUUUUGUUUUUUGUAUGAGCACUUACUAUUAAAAUAUGUCAGCACACGG